UAAUACGUAGUAGAAGAGAGGAAAGACGUCGUCGUCGUUUGACGAUCGACUUCGACGUGAUAAGCUCGCGUAGUUAUUUGAAAGUGCGUUGCAUUCGUGUUUUUGUGGUUUCAGUCUCUUUUGUGUAUGAGUUUUUGAAGUUCUUGUGUGUUUAAAGUUCAUUAUUUCAUACUCAUUAUUCAAUAUCCGCAUAUUAAAUUAAAAAAUGAAUAAAACUGAUAGUAAUUUCUUACAAUCGAAAAAGAAUUUGAAAUGGUUUGAAUCGCGAAUCGAAAAUUUUAACAAAGCUGUGCCUCUUCAAAUCAAACUGUUGGCGACACACAAAAAUGAUAUCCUCAACCAAUACAGAUUAGGAAACUAUGUAGCAAUGAAACAGGAAAGAAGUUCAGCUGAACGAACUAUACGUCACUUGAAACAAUUACUCGUCGACACUGAUCAGUUACGAGAACAAGUUAAAGAUUCAGACCUCAACAGAUUUGAUAAACUCAUUUUCCAUUCUCGAGAAACGAUCAAUAAAGCCUUAAAAGAUUUCAAUGAUUUAUAUAGAAGUCUGGAGGUCCCGAACGAUCAACCUGAAAAACGCCGUUUUCCAAACUAUUUCGAGGAAGAUGAUGCUCAAGAUCAAGUUCAAAAGCAAAUAAUACUUCAUGAGAACGAAGAUGUUUGGAAUUUGAGACAACAAAGAGAGAUUGCUGAUAAUAUGGAAACAAUUCAGAAAGAUGUUCACACCGUAAAUCAAAUAUUUCGCGAUCUAGCCGUAUUAGUCAACGAUCAAAAACCACAGGUGGAGGCGCUAGAAGAAAACAUUGCCAGCACUCAUGAAUCCGUCGUUGCAGCUGAAAGAGAAAUAGCUCAGGCAGCUAACAAAGUACAUAACGCAGCUUAUCCUUUGGUUGGAGCAAUAUUAGGCUCUUGUGUAGGAGGACCUGUUGGAUUAGUUGCUGGAUUGAAAAUCGGUACAGCUGUAGCUUUGACAUGUAGUGUGAUAGGAUUUUCCGGUGGUAAAGUUCUGAAUGUGAAACAAAGAAGAACGCAAAAGCAGAUUAUGGAGAGUGUUGAAAAACAGAAAGCUAUCAAGUCAUAAUGAAACAGUGUUUCGUUGGUUGGGCACAGAACUGGAGUUCUUUAAAAGUCUUCACUCGAGGAGAUUCGUGGUACCAAUUUGUUUACUUGAAGAUGUAAAAGUACGCAUGUUUUAUGAACGUGAUAUACUCAAGUUAUAAAUUCUCAUACUAAAAUCAACGUAAAAAAUUUUCUUGAAAGUGUUUGUGUACGUCUACUUAUGUUUCUACUUUUUAUUUGAUAAUUGAAAACGUGAUUACGAGUUAUAUUUUCAGUUAUUAUUUCUAUGUAGAUAUUGUAUUACAAAUCAAGUUUCUACCUUCUCAUUACCAGUGUAGUUUGUUAUUUUUCUAUAUAAUUACACAAUUUUCAAUAA